AUGUCCUGCAAAUGGCGAUUUCGUCACAGCCCCGCCGUUCGACACCUUCACAGAACAGAGCAUCGUUGCCAAGGACUCGGAUGGCAGAACACUUUUUUCAAAACCGCUCAUCCAGGCAGUCACCGACAAUAUCGAGUCAAAACUCAGCGGACAACCUCCAUCACAUUCCCCGCCCACGGAGUCACCAACCACAGCGAACAAUGA